GAAUAAUGUGCUGCGCGUGACAGUCGGUACCAGGGUACGUCUGUGAGAAGGUUGUUUUGUUGAUGAACGUCUCGCAGCCUGUUGAUAACUGCUAUGACCGCAUACGGUGCUUCGCGCCGCAGGCUGGCUCUCGGUGUACAGACACAGAUGUGACGGUAGCCACACGGUAGCCGCUGUCGCUUCACUCCAAGACAGCGCGUGGAAACAACCAGCAGGGAGAAACCCCUCUCAGAUGGUGUCGAUGAGGCCUGUACACACAGGAUGAGGACAUUAUGAAAGUCCGGUGUGGAGCACAAAAGAGGGGGCAGCAGCCACUCUCACAGCUCCGCUAGAGUGUCUGCAGAUGGAGCGACUCCACUGGGUGCAACAUCGUUUUCGGCAGAUGCUGGCAGAAAGCUCCGGAAGAAGGUCGGACUCUGCCCCCGAUGGCCUACCCACGAAAUCCUCCCUAGACACCCACAGCUUUCUACAGAGGGACCGUGGAAGGCGAAGGACUGUGUUUGCUCGCCAUAGGCCCCCCCGACAGGAGUCCGAAGCAAUCUCCAAAAGCUACAAGUGCAAUGCCAUUUGCACUACCAAGUACAGCCUGUUGACUUUCAUCCCCAUGAACCUGUUCCAGCAGUUCCACAGGGCUGCCAACCUCUACUUCCUGUUCCUGAUGUUACUGAACUGGGUGCCAGUUGUUGAAGCCUUUCAAAAGGAAAUUACCAUGAUUCCUCUGCUGGUGGUCCUUACGGUUAUUGCCAUCAAAGAUGCCCUGGAAGACUACAGACGCUACUUGUUUGACAGGAAGGUCAACAACAAUGUGGUGCAAGUGUUCUGUGGGAAGCUGAAAGCCUACAUUGACCAGUGCUGGAAGGAUGUGCGAGUUGGAGACUUUGUCCGUCUGUCCUGUAAUGAAAUCAUCCCGGCGGACAUGUUGUUGCUGUAUUCCUCUGACCCACGUGGGAUUUGUUACAUUGAUACCGCCAACCUGGAUGGUGAGACCAACCUGAAACAGAGACAGGUGGUUUCAUUGCAGGGAGUAGAGUUCACCGCUGAGAGCUUCCACUGUGUGGUUGAGUGUGAGAACCCCAACAAUGACCUCAGCAGGUUCAGAGGUUACAUGGAGCACCCCAGUGGGGCCCGAGUCGGCCUCCAUAACGGGAACCUCCUGUUGAGGAGCUGCACCAUCCGUAACACUGAGACCGUGGUGGGCAUCGUGGUCUACGCCGGUCAUGAGACUAAAGCCAUGAUGAACAACAGUGGGCCGCGGUACAAGCGCAGUCAGCUGGAGAAGCGUCUGAACACAGACGUCCUGUGGUGUGUGCUCCUGCUGCUCGUCAUGUGUCUGACUGCUGCCGUCGGUCAUGGCCUUUGGCUGAAGAGCCUCAGAGAGACGAUCUUUCAGGUAGAUACGGAGAUGUCUCCGGCCCUGGCUGGAUUCUAUGUCUUCUGGACAAUGAUCAUUGUGCUGCAGGUGCUGAUCCCCAUCUCUCUGUACGUGUCCAUUGAGGUUGUGAAGCUGGGUCAGAUCUACUUCAUCCACAAUGACUUGGCGCUGUACAACAAGCAGCUGGAUUCCCGGAUUCAGUGUCGGGCCCUGAACAUCACGGAGGACUUGGGCCAGAUCCAGUACCUCUUCGCUGAUAAGACGGGAACUCUGACGGAGAACAAGAUGGUGUUCCGCCGCUGCAGUAUUUAUGGGGUUGAGUACCCUCACGAGGAAAAUGCUCGGAGGCUGCAGGUGUACGAGUCGGAGAAGAUGGAGGCGGCCGGUCGCUCCGUGACCCUGAAGUCGAGCUGCAGCGGUAAAUCUCUGAGCUGUCGCUCCGUGAGCUGCAGACACAGCGCGGUGUCUCUGCACACGCUCACUGCUGAGGAGGAGGAGGAGGAGGAGGAGGAUGAAGAGGAGGACCACAUCUGGACCAGGACCAGUGCCUUCUGCAGUCGCGUGACCAAGGAGGUGGUACCAGACCCGGAGCUGGUGAGGAAGCUGAACUGGUUCUGCUCCCCCGUGCUGGCUCUGAGUGACGGCUCCUCUGGAGCUCCAUCCAGCCUGGAGCUCACCUACAUCACCGACUUCUUCCUGGCUCUGGCCAUCUGUAACAGCGUGGUGGUGUCCUCAGCCACCCAGCCCCGACACGCGGUGCCUGACACACAAACGCCUCUCAAGUCUCUGGAGGAAAUCCAUCUCAUGUUCCAGCGCCUUCGCUUCUCUCCCUUCUCGGCGCUCUCCACCAUGUCCCCUCCUCAGACCAAGGGCAGCCCUCAAAGCUUCACCAGCAGGCUGUUCUCACGGGUGAAGACCGCCUCCUACGACUUCUCCCCACCCACCAACAGCACCGCUGACGGGUCAGAACCAGGCCAAGAAUGCAACCAGGGCACCUCCACCCUGAGGAUUAAGAUGGACCUGGAGGAUGCUGGACAGACGAAGGACAGAGAGACAGAAGAUGAUGUCAUUGGUGCAAGGAGGACAAACCCUGAGAGCGACGACGACCUGCUGUAUGAGGCGGAGAGUCCAGACGAGGCGGCUCUGGUUCUUGCGGCCCAGGCGUACCGCUGCACCCUGAGGGGCCGGUCUGCAGAGAGCCUGCUGGUGGACCUCCCAGGGAUCGGAUCACUGGCCGUCCAGCUGCUCCACAUCCUGCCCUUUGACUCCGACAGGAAGAAGAUGUCCGUGGUGGUCCGCCACCCGCUCACAGGACGGGUGGUGGUUUACACCAAGGGAGCGGACUCGGUCAUCAUGGACCUGACUGAGACGCCGAAAGGUUCUGAGCAGGCUCAGGAGAUCUACAGUCACAUCAGAGAACAAACCCAAAUCCAUUUAGACAGCUAUGCCCGAGAAGGCCUCCGCACACUCUGCAUCGCUAAAAAGGUCCUGGAGGAAGAGGAGUACGAGGUGUGGUUGAAGGAUCAGCUGCUGGCAGAGAGCAGCAUCGAGAACCGAGAGGAGCUGCUGCUGGAGGCAGCUCAGAAGCUGGAGAACAACCUCACCCUGCUGGGUAGGAGAGCCGCUCACAUGACCCAGCAGAGCUCACGGUACUUAAAGUGUCUAUGUGUGUGUGUGUGUGUGUGUGUGGCUACAGGGACCACGGGGAUCGUGGACCGACUGCAGGAGGAGGUCCCAGACACCAUCGAAGCUCUUCAGAGGGCUGGCAUCAAAGUCUGGAUCCUCACCGGAGACAAGAAAGAGACGGCCAUCAACAUCGCCUACGCCUGUAAACUCCUUUGUCCUAACGACCAGCUGCUGACGGCCAACUGUGGGAGCAAGGGUGCAUGUGCAGCUUUACUCGAGGAGCUCAGACUGGAGGUGCAGCGUGGUGGCGACCGUGAGACUGCAGCAGGGAACCCUGCAGAAUCCUCCUCGGGGAGUCCGGAAGGCUUCAUCCUGGUCCUGGACGGACGGACUCUGGACUGGGCCCUGCAGGAGGAGCAGAGGAGCGACUUCCUGGAGCUGAGCCAGAGAUGCAAGGCGGUCAUCUGCUGCAGGUCCACUCCGCUGCAGAAGAGCAAGGUGGUCCAGUUGAUCCGGGACCAGCUCGGUGUCAUGACCCUGGCUGUGGGGGAUGGAGCCAACGAUGUGAGCAUGAUCCAGGUGGCUGACGUAGGCGUUGGGAUAUCUGGUCAGGAGGGCAUGCAGGCGGUGAUGUCCAGUGACUUUGCCAUCUCCAGGUUUAAACACCUCAGGAAGUUGCUGCUUGUCCACGGCCACUGGUGUUACUCUCGUCUCGCCAACAUGAUGCUCUACUUCAUCUACAAGAAUGUGAUGUAUGUGAAUCUGCUGUUCUGGUAUCAGUUCUUCUGUGGUUUCUCUGGGAGCGUCAUGACCAACGCCUGGGUGCUCAUCCUCUUCAACCUGAUCUUCACCUCCAUCCCUCCGCUGGUCUACGGCGUCCUGGAACGAGACAUUCCUGCUCACACUCUGAUGGCGCUGCCUGAGCUCUACAAGGCGGCGCAGACUUCCAAGGUCUCGGCUCCCUACAUGUUCUGGAUCACAAUCCUGGAUGCCUUCUACCAAAGCCUGGUCUGCUUCUUCGUGCCUUACUUUGCCUUCGCAGGAUCCGGCGUCGGUGAGCUGUCCUUCGGCUCCCCCAUCAACGCCUCGGCUCUUCUCAUCAUCCUGCUGCACCAAGUCAUCGAGAGCCACACUCUGACGUGGAUCCAUGUUCUGGUGCUGGUGCUCAGCGGAGGUUCCUACGUCGGCUUCGUGCUGCUCUUCAGUCUGUUCUGUGUGACCUGCAGCCCCCCCACCAGCCCCGUGGGGGUGGAGACCCUGGAGAUGUCCCAGCCUCUGUUUUACAUCGUAUGUGCUCUCACUACUGUAACGGCUCUGCUGCCCAGGCUGCUGUUUCGAGCUCUGUACCACACCUUACGCCCCUCCGCUGUUCUGAAGUCAGCGGGGAUGGACCAAGUGGAUUCAGAGGAGUGCUGCAGGAAGAUGCAGCGCUGGAACCUGAACCAGUCCAGAGACAAGAGGCGUCCACUCUGUGGCCACAACCCGGGCCUGGAGCCCAACACAGCCGCAGUGGUGUCCUGACGUCCCUUUACAAAGACUCACACACUCACACACUCAGGCACUGUAAGAAUAAAUAGCUACAAGUUGAGAGACUACUGAUGCUGGUGCAGAAUAUAUGUUCUGGUGCGAUAAAAGGCGAAGAGAUGUUCUGUGGCGCCGCUCCACUCCUCGGCUAAACAUACGCUCUGAGAUGUUUCGAGAAACUAACGACGGGAAAUGGAUGUUCUCCUCAGUGAAUACAGAAUCUAUGAAACUUGGCCAUCAUGUGAAAUGUGUGGAGAACAUUUGUACAAUGUAGCUGUUUGUAUCAUUUGGCAUCCAGAAGUCAUCAGAAGAACAACUGAGAACCAAAAAGUCUGUUUCUGACUCUUCUGCUCGCCACCUGGUUCAUUUGUGUGGCUAAAAAGAGCGGAGCCCCAGCACAUAGACAACACACGCCUGUUCGAGCGGCAGCUUUUUGUGAUGUCAACUCUUUUUUUAACAAAGAUAAAUCAUGUCCUUUAUAAUGUGACAUAUAACAUAAAUAAUUAAAUAAACAAAUACACUGAAAUAUUUUAGCGGGGGGGAAUAAAAUAUUUACAAUAACCUAGUUGCAUAAAUAUUCACACCCUUAAACUGAUACUUUGUUGGAGCACCUUUUGGCCGUCUUUUGGGAAGGAGUCUAUGAGCAGGGCACUUCUUGACGUGGCAAUAUUUGCCCACUUUUCUUUGCAAAAACACUCCAAAUCUGUCAAAUUGCGAGGGGCAUCUCCUGCACAGCCCUCCUCAGAGCCCCCCACACAUACCUUCUGCUGGUUUAGGUAUGUGGAAGACUUGUGAAGAGUGAGGUUCCUGAUGUGGCAGGAGGCAGUAAAGUGUCAGGACGGCACUCGUCCGGCACCCCUGGCAUGUUUGUUUAAAUGUAUUUUUCAGUCACUUAUUGACACUAUGAAAUUGUACUUGUGCAAUUAUUGAUUUUAAAAGUUUUGUUUUUUGUUUUAAAGAAGCUGCUGAGUGGGCGGAGCCACAUUUCCUGGGAACACCCAUUGUUGUUACAUGUCAGCUGCCCUAAAUGCUAUUCAUGCUUUGAGUUGAGUUCUCUGUGUACAUCCUUCUAGCAACCUUGUUUUUUGUUUUUCGUAAAUUUGUAUUUAUGUAUGAUUUACAAAUAAUUGCUUUUAUAGCCAUUUACAAUAAUCGGCUAAAAUAAAAAUUAUGAAUAAUGCAAAUGAUCCUUUUUAAUGUAAUUUAAAACUAUUUUCUUUUUCAAAACGUUUUUAAAUAAAAGUUAAAUAAUA